ACAAUCAAAAACAGCUUCACAUUUACAUACACAGUCCCUUCUUCUCUUGCCGUUCCCUCUCUCUCUCUCUCUCUCAUACAACAGAAUUAGAGGUUUUCGUGAAAUGGAUCAAGACCGGAAGAACAAGAAGAGAACAAGAGAUCAAGGAGAAGAACAAGGCAUGAAACAUUUAUCGGAGAAGAAGCGCGCCAAGUUCAGGCAAGAGCAACAAGGUUACACCAAUGAUAUCAUGAGUAGUACUAGUACUAGUUAUGGCUCGCCGGAACAUGAUUCAGGCGCGGCAGAAGCACAGGGAGUGUUCGAUUUCCCAUGGCUGAAAGACGGCGUCGUUGCAAAGUACUCCGACGAGUGGAAGUUCGAAGAAUUAGAAGACGUGUUCACGUCACAGCUAAGCAGCGAGAUCUCAACCACCACCACCACCACCAUAACCACCCAUGCUGGCAUACAGUUGUCUUUCCCGGGACAAUGCUUGUGUCAAACCCCAGUUGAGGCAGUGCUAGAAUUUCCUGAUGAAAAGUUUGAUGAGGAAAAAGAGUGUCCAUUGCUUUCAGAUUAUGCCUUUGAUACCACAGAAAGUUUGGAUUGCAUUUGGGGCGCCUUGUAGUCCUAGUAGAAGAACAAAAAUGGUCAUUGGGACGCACAAGAACUUAAUAUAGAGCCAGAACUGGCUAUAAACUUAUUGAGCAAUUUAAUGUGUUACAAUAAGUUCUAAAACCGUUGUUGCAAUGUAGCAGUGUGGCCCAUUUUGUGACAGAAAAAAUCAAAAAAUAAAAUAAAAUAAAAUCUGAGAAUGGCAACAGUACACUAAAGUCAAGACAAGUUAUUUGCACUGUUGGGGACUACUUGGCAUACUGUUAUGUUUUGUUAUGUUUGUGUAUAUAUAAAGGUACGCCUUCCAUUUGUUACUCAUUUUAUGU